AGAUCCAAUGCAUUCCACCUUGGUCAAUUACUUCUGAAUCAAACUGUGAUCAAAGCUUAGCGAUUCCGCGCCACCAGCCUUCUAGAAUCUUAGCGUGGAAACGAUCUAUCCAAAUAUUUCUCAGCAGAUCGACUUCUCGCCGGCUCCACUGCCUGCAUGGGCUCCCUCUCGAUGUCUGCAUGGCUGCGCGCUCCCCGCAGUCAACGUACAUUGCGGGGAGCAUGGGCAGCGUGCGAGCGGCCCAAGAGCGCGGCUGAGCGAGCCCCGAUGAGGAAGACUGGUCGGCGCGCGCUUGUGUGCGUGAGCGAUCUUGAGAUCAUUGACAGAAAUCUUUUUAUAUUUUCGGAAUGAUCAACAGGAAAUCAAAGCGAAUAUUCAGAUGGAGAUGCGCUCCUAGUCGCGGACAGGUGUAGAUUUCGGGCUGAGAAGAUAGUUGAACCGGUUUCAGUGGUCGAAACAGUCCGCGUCGCGAAUUCCUCGCUAAUUUGCUGCCGCCGCUCGAGCCGUGGGUCUAGUCGCGCUUUACUGUGGAAGAUACUUCGCCUUUUGUGUGCCUAAUUGUUCCCAGUGCGGGCCGCCGAUACUGGCCCUGUCGCAUUUUUCCAGAUACGUUCUCGCUGCUCCACAAGUUGCCGCAGGGCCGCCGCACCGCCGUUGUUUACGUGCACACAUUUCACGCGACGGAUUAGUUUGAGUGAUCGACACCCGUGCGGCCGUCAGAGCUUUGCAGCCUCCGCAGCUUUUCAUAAACAAAUAGUGCGAGCGCCCCUGGGAAACCGUCCGAAGACGUCGAGGGUUAUUUUCGAUUGCCGUGGAUUCCCUAAGGAUUUCGCAAGAUUUUCAUUGCCCGGGAGCGCUGAGCUGCUGACUGGACUUGGGUCUGGUUAGGAGGAAAUCGUCUUGGCGAUUAAGGAAACGGCGUGAACGGCGGCCGACAGCGUGCGCCGAGUUGGCCCCACGACAGCGCGACCCGCGUCCUCCUCGCGCGCCCGCUCGAGUCAACAAGUGACAGUGCCGCGAACCGAACCGUACUCCGCGUGUUUUUGUUGGCGCCCGCGGCUGGGCCCAUGGUGGAGUGUCAAAAGUGUGUCUGAUUGCGUGACGCGCCCGCUGGCUGCACUCUGUCAAGCAAGUGAUAACGAGACCAUCGACGCCAGCCCCGACCGCGGCUGCGAGACAGGCCGAGUAGCCACCCGCCUGUCCCCCCGGCCGACGCCAAGUGCCCUUGGGGCCGUCCUAGUCAGCUGUCAACUGUUGCGCUAACUGUUGCUGUGUGACCGCAAAGUGUUCCAUGCAAAUCGUGCAAGUUGCGUUUCCGACCCCCGCAAUUUGGGCCUAGUUCACUCGCAUUCGCUUCUGUGAUUUUCACUUUCGUUGUGCUUUGCCGUUGCAAAAGUGCCGAAAGUACGGUCGCCGGUUUGCUCAGACAACAGAACCGUUGUUCUGCGCGCGCACAGUGAAUCUUACCUGCCGCGUUGCCCAGGUGUUUCUUGGCCGAAGUGCGUUCUCGCGCGUUGUGCAAGUGUUUGUUUCAGGUGAAGUGACUGUGCGGGAAAGUGUCUCGAAGCUGCCGAAAACACCGGCACCCUCUCCGCUCUCAACCUCUUCUGGCUGCUGUGAAUCGGAUCAACAUGGGUGCCAUAAAUCGCUGUUCAGCUUUCGCUUGUCCGCCAGUACUCUUCAAAAAUUUCGUGCAUGCGUAUCUGUUUUGAUAGGCUGUGCUUUGCAACACGCAGGCCAGCCGGUGACGAAGAUCAACUACCCCAAUUGCAAGACAUAACACCUAUCAACAAUCAUCAGGACAUAUCAACGAUACCGUACUAUAAAAACUCGAUAAAUGCACUCGAUCCUCCGCGUCAACGUGAGUAUUAUCGUUGCACGUCUGCCAUUGAAUCGAUUUCCGUGGGUUCUAUAAAUAAUAACGUCUCGACGGCCAUAACAACGCCGCCCGUGACGAAUUUCACCAACAUUGUAGCCAACGUUGGCAAAUCGGAAGGCGCAAAUAAUAUUCACGAGAAUAAAAGUGAUAAAAGUGUGAUCGUGAACGGGUCCAACGUCGUUGCGGAUGCCGAGAGUGUCAACAGUACUGCAACCACCAACGUAGCCGUCUCGGAAGUAAGCGAACUAACAAACUCGAAUACAGACACAGAUUCGCCGUCGAAAAUGCAGCAAGAACCGAAUUUAAAUAUUCAAAUGCAACCGGAUUUGCAUAUUAUUAAUGAUAAUGUGCCGCCGGGAGUGUUGCCACCAAAUUUAUUGCUGAAUCCGCAGUCACCCUUAAUUUCAAGUGAUCCGCAGACGAUCAAUUUCCUGCAGCAACAGCAACUAUAUCAACAAGAGCUGGGAGCUCACCUGCUUCGUGCUCAGCAAAUGUACCCACCGCUACAGCAACAAACACGUCUUCAACAGCUUCCGCCUCAGCAGCAGCAAAUGCAACAGCAGUUACAAUCAUUGCCGUUUAAUCAGCAACCCCAAGUACAACAAGAACCUCAAUCGCCUGCCCAGCAAUCUACAUUACAACCGAACCUUCAAACACAACCGCAAAGCCCGCAGGAGUUGCAACCUCAGUUAGUUCUUCAAAGACAAUCGCAGUCCGACGGCCAACAACAGCUCCCUCAACAAGUACCCCAAGAAGAUGGGCAAGUAAAAUCUACGGCACCUCCUCCCGGCUUUGAUCAACAACCUCACCAACAACAGGAACAGCAACUCUCACAACAGCAACAACUGCAACAACAGCAGCUGCAGCAACAACAGUUACAGCAACAGCGACAGUUUCAACAACAACAUUUGCAACAGUUACAGCAGCAACAAUUUCAACAGCAACAACUCCAACAGCAUCAACUUCAACAACAACAACUCCUCACCAACGACUUCUCCAAAAACUUUCGGUCACUAAGCAAUCAAAUGCAAAAUCUGAGUCUCAGUGAUCAGCCCAACAUGAAUGCGAUGGUUGUAAAUAAUAGUUAUAUGCCCCUAACGCCCAAAGAUCAACACUAUCUGCAGGUGAUCAACAUCCGCGAUCUGCAAAUUCAAGAGUUGCAAAAAACGUUACGUGCCAAGGAAAAUGAGAUUGCCGAGUUGAAAUCGCAUCUCGAUAAGUUUCAAAGUGUAUUUCCAUUUAGCCGAAGUCCUGGUCCUGCAGCGACUCCCAGUGCCGUACCGGGUAUGCCAGGUGCUCGUAAAUCAGGUCAUGUGUUUCCGCGGCAAAGGGCCCAAGGUAUAUCAGCCGAGCCACAAAGUGAAAGUUCUGUGUUAGAAUUGUUGCAUGUUACGUUCCCGAAAUAUGAUAAGGAAGAAAGAUCACGUGACCUUAUCAAAUCCGCCAUCCUUGACAAUGACUUCAUGAAAAAUUUGGACAUGACACAAAUUCGAGAGAUAGUGGACUGCAUGUACCCGGUCAAAUAUGCCGCGAAAAGUCUCAUCAUCAAAGAAGGCGAUGUUGGAAGCAUCGUGUACGUCAUGGAAGAGGGACGAGUGGAAGUAUCGCGCGAAGGGAAAUAUUUAUCAACGUUAUCGGGUGCCAAGGUGCUUGGUGAACUUGCAAUUUUAUAUAAUUGCCAGCGGACGGCAACAAUUACGGCCAUUACAGACUGCAAGCUAUGGGCAAUAGAACGACAAUGCUUCCAGACGAUUAUGAUGCGAACUGGUCUUAUAAGACAAACGGAAUACACGGACUUCUUGAAGAGUGUACCUAUCUUCAAGAACCUUCCAGAAGAUACGCUCAUCAAAAUAUCCGAUAUCUUGGAAGAGACCCACUAUCAGCAAGGCGAUUACAUAGUACGGCAAGGAGCUCGUGGCGACACCUUCUUCAUAAUAUCAAAGGGCCAGGUUCGAGUCACAAUAAGACAAAAUGACGCGCAAGAAGAAAAAUUCAUCAGAUUAUUAGGAAAAGGUGACUUUUUCGGAGAAAAGGCUCUUCAAGGAGAUGACUUGCGUACGGCUAACAUUAUUUGCGACUCUCCUGAAGGGGUUACUUGUCUAGUUAUUGAUAGGGAGACAUUCAACCAGUUAAUAUCUAAUUUGGACGAAAUUCGUCACAGAUAUGAUGAUGAGGGCACAUUGGAACGUAAAAAGAUCAACGAAGAGUUCCGCGAUGUUCGUCUAUCCGAUUUGCGUGUUAUUGCCACCUUGGGAGUCGGAGGAUUUGGUAGAGUUGAACUUGUUCAGAUUCACGGUGACACAAGCCGAUCGUUCGCGCUCAAGCAAAUGAAGAAAUCGCAAAUUGUCGAGACAAGACAGCAGCAGCACAUCAUGUCAGAGAAGGAAAUUAUGGGUGAAGCCAAUUGCCAGUUCGUUGUUAAAUUAUUCAAAACCUUCAAGGACAGAAAAUAUCUCUAUAUGCUGAUGGAAAGCUGCUUGGGCGGUGAACUGUGGACCAUCCUUCGGGAUAAAGGACAUUUCGACGACGCCACAACAAGAUUCUACACGGCAUGUGUGGUGGAGGCAUUCGAUUAUUUGCACGCACGCAAUAUCAUUUACAGGGACUUAAAACCGGAGAAUUUACUUUUGGAUGUACAGGGAUAUGUGAAGCUGGUGGAUUUCGGGUUUGCCAAGAAACUGCAAUCCGGACGUAAGACGUGGACUUUCUGCGGAACACCUGAGUAUGUUGCUCCAGAAGUUAUUCUCAAUCGAGGCCAUGACAUUAGUGCAGAUUAUUGGUCGUUGGGCGUGUUAAUGUUUGAACUGUUAACAGGAACCCCACCAUUCACUGGCUCGGAUCCAAUGCGAACGUACAACAUAAUCCUCAAGGGAAUAGAUGCAAUCGAAUUUCCACGUAACAUUACGCGGAACGCUAGUGCUCUGAUAAAGAAACUCUGUCGUGACAAUCCGGCUGAGCGUUUGGGCUACCAACGCGGUGGAAUUAGCGAAAUACAGAAGCAUAAAUGGUUUGACGGGUUCUAUUGGGAAGGUGUGAGAAACCGGACUCUACCGCCACCCAUAGUACCAACCGUGAAAAGCGUCACAGAUACAACGAACUUCGAUGACUACCCAGCAGAUCCAGAUGGUCCCCCACCAGACGACACAUCCGGCUGGGAUAAAGAUUUCUAAUUUAAUCAGAACUGCUCAAUCUAAAAAAGAGAACAAUGUCCUUCUAGUAUCGCAUCCAUUACCGUCAAACCAAUCAAGCGCCAUCGUUUUCAAUCUGAUAGAUUUUCAAUUUGUAAUUUUUAUCUUGUCCGACUUUGAGUACCAUAACUAUGUAGGCAACGUAGAAGCGGGAGACACGCUAUUCAAGCAUAGAAACUAAUGUUCAUAAAGCUCAAAUACAAUAACAAAAGUGGUCUUGUUCUAGAGAGCAGUAGUUGCAUGGAAUCUGUUUUAUUAUUCCUCGAUUUCAAUCUAAAAUAUGCGGAGAUCUGUGCAUGUAAAAUGUGUAACCAUAGUUUUGCGUUUAAAUGAUUUUGCUUAGGUUUUAAAUUUGUGCAGCAUUGUUCAAGCCAUAUCGAUUCUAAUUGUCUCGGUAAAUUCGUUAUAAAUAAUUCGUUUGUGCGUAAAAAUGUUUUUAUUUACAUAUGAGAGUAAUUUUUAAUGUUUUGUGUUUUUUAUUAUUUUUUUAAUUUAAUGUAAAAUGAUUAUCUUAAAAGAAUAUAGCUAAAUUUAUUUUAAA